AUGGAGGAGAUCGCGAGAGAGGGAGAGAGAGAGCGACAGAGAGCGAGAGAGAGAGACGAGCGAGAGAGCAGCGAGAGAGAUGAGAGAGAGAGAGAGAGGAGAGAGCAGAAGGAGACGAGGCGAGAGAGAGAUAGAGCAGAGAGGAGUAGAAUGACGAGAUCAGCGAUAGAGGAGAGAGUAGCGAGAUACACAUUCAGGGACAAGUUACACUUUGUCGUAGGGCUGUGGAAGGUGACCAACUGUUCUGGAAAUUAUAAAGCUCCGUGCACGGUAUCGGAGGUUCCGGCAAGUUAUCAGAACGAUAAGGUGACUGCAGUGCGAGCUCUAGAGUGUGUCGCCCUGGCCCUCAUGUUUCUAUGCGCCGUCUGUCUGAUCCUCUAUGUGGGCUCACGGACCUGCAGACGUCUCGCCGUGGCUUGUCUUGCGAUGACGAUGCUCUUUCUCGCUGCUAUAAUGGGUAUAGCCGGUAUGGCUGUUUGGGUCAACCAGAUUCCAGAACUUCACUAUCCCGGCUGGUCGUUCGGACUCACGGUGGUUGCCAUUACAUUUAACAUCGCUGCUGGUGUGUUACUCAUUCCCGAUCUCGCAGAAUACGACUACAAAACCGUUUUGCAGCACGAGGGCCACUAUGACAACUUGGCUCAGGAGGAAGGCCAAGCAAUGUCGGACGGAGGAGGGGCCCAGCCGUCAGACUAUAGAGACGACGUGAGGCCGAUCAUUGAAACGCAGGGACCGAAGGGCGCACCCGUGUUCCAGUAUUUGAACUACGAUAAACGAAAGAAGAGAGAUGGAUUCUAAAAAAAUGGAGAUCUCUAUACAUACUACACAAAUGUUGAGAAAACGAUUCCCAAACUGGUCUACAGAAAUUUAUCAUUACGUGAAUUAAACUAAUUAACUUACACAGUAGCCUGGUAAUGCCGUCUACCAGUGUAUAAAGCUUUUGUCCUUAAAUAUACAUUUUUUUAAAUCAAUGAAACUACAUCAGAUUGGCUUAAAUGUACCCUUUUCAUGCAUAAAUAAAUAUUUUGAUAGAUUUGCUGAUGUUUUUGCUCAGAUAUAUGCUGCAUACUACACUUGGUCAGCAUUCAUUUUAUUUGUUUCGAUGGUACCUUCUUCCAAUUGAUUAAUUAUUACCGAUAUGGAUGGUUGCUAAAAUAAACCUCAGUUUUGACUUAAGCUUAACAGAGAAGAGUGCAUGUUACAUAGACAAAAUAUUUGUGUUUUAAUUUUAUUUCAUGUAUUUAAUCAUAAUUUACCAACCGCCUUAUGUCAUACUAAAACCUUGAAUAACAUAUUAAAAUUAGUGUAUAUAUUGACCAUAAGAUCAUAUUUUGUAUAAAUAAUCUUACCAUACUAUCAUUAUGAAGGCCAUUUGAAGAUCUUUUGUACAGAAUAUGCAGUGAGAAACUAUUGGUAAACACUUGAACCAAACAAAAGAAUUAAAAGAGCAGACAUAUGGCAUGUUUGUGAUUAUAUUGGUAGAUGGUACCCAGUGGUAGACAGUACUCGUAGUAUAUGUGUUGGGGUAAUGUGUCUUUGUGUGUUUUUAAUCGCUAAGUGUUAUUCAUGACUGUAAAAUAGGUUUUGAACACUAAAAAUACUUGAUUCUUGAAAUUUCAUUAGUUUGAGUACUUUCGACUUAAUUCUUUAUCACGAUUGUUAUCGAAUGUCCCACUACAGAUAAUUGGGCCGUGCUCUGUGAACAAUGAUUUUAAUACAUGUGCGUAAAGUGUCGUCCCAGAUAAUCCUGUGCAGUCCGCACAGGCUAAUCAGUGACUACAUUUUCCGCUUUUAUGAUAUUUUCUGUUCAGAAAGUCUCUUCUUAGCCAAAAUCAAUUUCAGGCGGAAAGUGUCGUCCCUGAUUAGCCUGUGCGGAAUAAUUCAGUAAAAAUAAUUGUAAUUUUCGAACAUAAAAUCAUUCCUACCACUGCCCCCAGUGAGGAUCGAUCUCACGACCCCUGGUUUACAAGACCAGUGCUCUGCCACUGAGCUAUGGAGGCUUAUGUAAAGGCGAAUCUGGGAUGUCACUGUACACACAUGCAUUAAACUUCUUUUUCACAGAGCAAGGCUCAUAUGUUUUGCAACUCACGCGCGUUGUCCACAUUAUUAACAUAUAUUUUUUAGUGAUUCGUGAUAUUUUGUGAUAGCAUGCCGUAGUAUUGGUAUCAGUUUAUCUAUUCUUGUUACAUCCUUUCCACGUGUCCACUACAUUUCGAUUGGCUCAUUGGCGUCGCACUGAAGUGCGGCGACUAGUAUGUAAUACGUUUUUUUUCGCUUAUGGGAGAAGUUAUUUUACGGAUCAAUGUAUAUAUUUUUGUUGUCAGAAUAUCUUGUAUAGUGGUGAUAUUUUGUGUAAAUUAGUGUAAAAAAGUACUGCAUUUGUGCCUAUUACAUUUACUACAACAUUUAUUGCCAAAAAUGCAAAGCUAAUUCUUUUAAUUAAUAACUGAUCACAGGGACUGGGCAAUAAUAAAAGAUCACAGGGACUGGGCAAAUACGCGAACCGGUGAAACUUUCUGGUUUUGUAUAAAAACAAAACUUCUUUGUUCCACUAUCCUAGCAACCCCCUAGUCACUAAUAAAGGCGCUAUAGAGCGCGAAGCGCGACACGUAUUAUUAAUUGUAAUAAUGAGUCUUGAUAAAGGAAGCAGCCGCUUAUCAAUGAGGAGCACCAUCACAGCACCCUAGUCUCAUUACUAUCAAGUCCUCCUACAGGGUUAUUUUAAGAACCACAAAUAGAAGGCCGCAGGCCUGACCCGUAUCUUGCCAGUGGUAUGGACCCUUUGGUAUGGACCUUUAACCCCGCUCACUAUCCAGCGUUUAAACUUCCGGGUUUACAUUUAAACCGACUAUUAAUAGCUUAUUUAUAUCUUAGCUAGAAGGUGAUUUUUCAAGCGGUUCCGUAGUGUAGUGGUUACACGCUCGCUUCACAUGUGAGAGGCCCAGGUUCGAGCCCCGGUAGAAUCAAAUUAUUUUAUUUGUGUUCUAUGUUAACUUUUUGUUUUGAUGUAGACAUUUUAGUUUAAAUAAAUAUGCUGUUUUAUUGUAACCAUUUUUUUUUAUUAUGCCCAUGAAAUAUAUGUGUGAGAGGGUGGGGGAUUCGUAAACACAUUAAAACUUUUACAUUGUUUUCAUAUCAAUGAGUACUCAAUCCCUAUCGUAAAUGAGCAACGUAAGAAUAAGUUCAGAAUCAUCUCUCCUUGAAGUUGAGAAAAAUAUGAAAUUACGCUUACAAGAUGAAGCAGAUGUUUUAAAACCUACACAGUUCUGUUCCAUUAAUGAAAACUGCACACGGAUGCCAGUAAAAAAAGGAAACCAAUGUAAAUAAAAUGAACUAUGAACUAUUUGGGGUUACAACACAAAAUCAUAGAUAAUGGUUAUUUGGGGGUUAUAACACAACAUCAUAGA